CUUUCUUGCAAUUGAUGAAAGAGAUAAUAAGUUAAUAGCUGAAGCCAAAAAUUUACCAGUCCAAAGAAUAGUUCCAGUUUUUGCUGAUUCUUCUCAACUUCCUGUGUCACUUAUUAAAUCAAAAAGUAAAAAAACAAAAUCUAGUUCCAGUUUUAAAUUGUUCAGAUCGGCUUCUGUAGUAUCAACCUCCAGUAAACUAUUGAAAUCACGACCUAGUUCUUUAAAUUAUCAAAGCUAUGAUAUUGAUAACAGACUUGAUUCUGUAAAAAUCGAUUCUUCACCAGAUUUAUCACCGGCUUUACAAGCAGCUACUCUUAAUUCUACACCAGUUUUACCAAUUGCUACUCUUAAUUCUGCACCAGUUUUACCAGCAGCUAUUUUUAAUUCUAAUCUAGUUUUACCGGCUGCUACUAUAAAAUCAAAACCUCCAAAGAUUGAAACUCUUUAUAAUUUUCUCGAUUUUCAAUCAUUUGAUGGUUCAUUUUUGCCAUCUACUAAAUUUUAUUCUUGGUUUGAUAAAAAUAAUUUUGAAGAUUUUAAGGCUAUUGAAGUUGAAAAUGAGAAAAUAUUAUGCACUGCCUUAGCGAUGGCAUAUUUGGAAAUUAUAAUGUUUGAAACAUUUAAGGAAGAAUGUGAAAUGUGUUAUGAAAAAGCUGAAAAGGUUUUGAAAAAAGAUGUUGUUUAUAAGCAAAAGAUUAAUGAGAUUUUGAAAAAAGUUAAAGAAUGGGUUAAAAAGUGGGCUGACGAAUAA